ACAGAUGAGGGAAGCCCCAUUAAAAGCUACAUUUCUAAGAGGGAACAUUCUCCGUGGGUUGUCCGGGUCUCGGGCCUGGCGUCUGGCGGCGCCUGUGGGCGGCGGUGCCCGCGGCCUGGACUACUUUUGGCCCUCCGCAGCCGCCGUCCACAGCACCCGCUGAGCUCCAACGCCCUGAGGGAACCGGCUCCGACUCCAGCUCUGCGACGCCAGACCAGUGAGCUGGGCUGUCCGCGCAGGUUGGUUUUCCCCGCCUGUCCCGGGCUCCUGAGAGCAGAAGAACAGACAAUGAAGCUGAAGGAGCUUGAGCGACAAGCCGUCCAAGUUUGGAGCCCAGCCAGCCAGUACCCUGUGUAUCUGGCCACAGGAACAUCUGCCCAGCAGCUAGAUGCCUCCUUUAGUACAAAUGGCACAUUGGAAAUCUUUGAGGUUGAUUUCAGGGACCCCUCUCUGGACGUGAAACGCAAGGGAGUCCUUUCUGCCUCCAGCAGGUUUCACAAGCUGAUCUGGGGGAGCUUUGGCAAUGGGCUUCUGGAAGCCUCCGGGGUCAUUGCAGGCGGCGGGGACAAUGGCAUGCUUACUCUGUACAAUGUGACCCACAUCUUAUCUUCGGGAAAGGAGCCUGUGAUUGCCCGGAGACAGAAGCACUCGGGGGCUGUCAGAGCCCUUGACUUUAAUCCUUUCCAGGGCAACCUCCUGGCCUCAGGGGCCAGUGAUUCUGAAAUCUUCAUUUGGGAUUUGAAUAACCUGAGUGUGCCAAUGACCCCAGGAUCCAAGUCUCAGCAGCCCCUAGAAGAUGUCAAGGCUCUAUCUUGGAACCGUCAAGUUCAACACAUUCUGUCUUCUGCUCACCCCAGCGGCAAGGCAGUCGUGUGGGAUCUCAGGAAGAAUGAACCUAUCAUCAAAGUCAGUGAUCACAGCAACCGGAUGAACUGCUCAGGCCUGGCCUGGCACCCAGACGUAGCCACCCAGUUGGUACUUUGUUCAGAAGAUGAUCGUCUUCCAGUAAUUCAGCUGUGGGACUUGCGCUUUGCCUCCUCACCCCUAAAGGUGCUGGAGAGUCACAGCAGGGGGAUCCUGUCAGUGUCAUGGAGUCAGGCUGAUGCUGAGCUGCUGCUCAGCAGUGCCAAGGACAACCAGAUCUUGUGCUGGAACCUGGGGAGCAGCGAGGUGGUGUAUAAACUACCCACACUGAGCAGCUGGUGCUUUGAUGUGCAGUGGUGCCCUCGGGACCCUUUGGUGUUCUCUGCUGCCUCCUUUGAUGGCUGGAUCAAUUUAUACUCUGUGAUGGGUAGGAGCUGGGAAGUCCAGCAGAUGAGACAGGCUGACAAGAUCUCUUCUUCCUUCAGCAAAGGCCAGCCUCUCCCACCAUUGCAGGUGCCAAAGCAAGUGGCCCAAGCAUCAUUGAUACCUCCCCUGAAAAAACCCCCCAAAUGGAUGAGGAGGCCAGCAGGUGUUUCAUUUGCUUUUGGGGGCAAGCUGGUGACCUUUGGCCUCCCCAGCACCCCUGUGCAUCAGGUGCCACAACCUUGCUUCCGCCUAGUCUUUAUCAGUCAGGUCACCACAGAACCUGAAUUCCUGACACAGUCAGCUGAGCUGCAGGAGGCCCUGGGAUCAGGAAAUCUCCUGAAUUACUGUCAGAACAAGAUCCAGCAAGCAACACUGCAAAGCGAAAAGAUGCUCUGGCAGUUCCUGAAGGUGACUUUAGAGGAGGACUCCAGAAUGAAAUUCCUGAAGCUAUUAGGAUAUAGUAAAGAUGAACUUCAGAAGAAGGUGGCCACAUGGUUGAGGAGUGAUUUGAGGCUGGAUGAGAGCCCUCAGUCCAAGGGAGAUGACCCCAACAGUAACAGACAACAGGCCUUCUUACAGACCUCCAAACAUACUACCUGGGAAGCCUCAGCCUCCUCAGCCUUCUUUGAUGAGCUGAUCCCUCAAAACAUGACUCCGUGGGAGAUCCCCAUCACAGAAGACACGGAGGGACUCCUGAGCCGGGCUCUCCUGCUUGGAGAACUGGGCCCUGCCGUGGAGCUGUGUCUGAAGGAAGAGCGCUUUGCUGAUGCCAUCAUCCUGGCCCAGGCUGGAGGUGCAGAUCUGCUGAAGCAAGCACAGGAGUGCUACUUGGCCAAGAAGAAAACCGGAAUCGCCCCGCUGCUAGCCUGCAUUAUACAGAAGAAUUGGAAAGACAUGGUGUGUGCCUGUAGCCUGAAGAACUGGAGAGAGGCUCUGGCCUUGCUGCUGACAUACUCAGAGCCAGAGAAAUUCCCCGAGCUCUGUGACAGGCUGGGAACUCGUAUGGAGCAGGAGAGUGGCUGGGCUCUCGCCUCUGAAGCCAGACUCUGCUACGUGUGCUCAGGGAGCGUGGAGCGGCUGGUGGAGUGCUGGGCAAGAUGCCAGCCAGCUUCUUCCUCCAUGGCUUUACAGGACCUGAUGGAGAAAGUGAUGAUCCUUAACAGGAGCUUGGAGCUACUGCGGGGUCCUGAUGGGGUGAACCCAGGCCCUGCCACAACCUACAGAAUCACUCAGUAUGCCAACCUCCUGGCAGCCCAGGGCAGCCUGGCCACUGCCAUGAGCUACCUACCCAGAGACUGUGCUCAGCCACCAGUUCAGCAGCUGAGAGAUCGACUUUUUCAUGCCCAGGGUUCUGGUGUCUUGGGCCGGCAGUCUCCCCCUUUCCCUUUCCCCCGGGUUGUCGUGGGAGCUACCCCCUACUCUCAAGAGACAUCUUCUCCCAGACUGAAAUUCCAGUCUUCUCACCAGGUUCCAGUUCUACCUCCAAGGCCAAGGAUUUUUACACCUCAGUCAUCACUAAUGAUGCCCUUGACACCUUCCCAUCCUAGCCCUUAUCAGGGCUCCAGAAUGCAGUAUACAAGUGACUACAGGCCAUCUGGGGUCCAGGAAGCACAGCCUUUGCCUCUGGGCCCUGGGGUAAGGCCUGCUUUAUCUCAGCCUCAGCUGUUACGAGGGCAAAGGGCGCAAGCUCCUAACCCCGUGGGAUUCCCUGGAACAUGGCCUCUUCUGGCUCCACCCAUGGCACUCCCAGACAUUAUGCAGCCUGGCUCUGUCCCCCUGCCUGGGGCUCCUCCAGUGCCCCCUCUGCUUCCUGUGAGAGCGCCAGGCUUCAGCCCAAUGAGCUCCCAGCCACCAGCCCCUCCUGUCAGCUUCCCUGGGGCCCACCCUCCAGGAGGGCCAGGUACUUCACGCGCUGGUGUCCUCCCGACCACUGGCAUCUUGACUCCUCACCCAGGACCUCAGGACUCCUUGAAAAAUGCUCCAGUGCUCAAGGGAAACCUCCAGAGGAAAAAGUUGCCAGAGGCAUUUAUGCCCCCAGCACCAAUUACUGCUCCAGUUAUGUGCCUCGCUUCUGAGCCUCAAGGGGUCCUUUCCUCACAACCCACUGUCCCCAGUGUGAGUCAUGCUCCCCCUGGAACCCCACGAGAACUCAGCCGGCAGCAAUGUCAGCAGCCACUGGAGAAGAUGGACAGGAAGGAGAUGCCCCCUGAACACCAGUCCAUGAAGAUCAGCUUUGAGGCGCUUCUGCAGCGCUGCGCCCUGUCUGCCACUGACUUAAAAACAAAACGGAAGCUAGAUGAAGCUGCGCAACGUCUAGAAUGUCUGUAUGACAAGCUCUGUGAGGGGACAUCUGCAGAUUGCCUCUAUGGGAGCCAACAUAAAUAUUUCUCCUCCAGGAAUGCGGGUUAAUUAAAAGGAAAUGAAUGAGUGGAAGCAUCCAAUCCAGACCCACAAUAGGCGAGUGCCCUGGCCUGCCCUUCCCUCCCACCACCCCCAGCACCGCCAGUGCUGAGCACGACCCUGUCUCUGUCUUUGCCCUAACCUGCUGCUAAGGCCAGUUGAGGCUGAGAUUCUUUUCAAGGAAAGAAAGCCCUGCCUGUGUGUAGGCUCACAGGCCAGGGACAGGAAGGAGACAGUGUUUUGUCCCCUCCACCCAGCAUCCUUGUCACUUCUCAGGACCUCCCUCCGCUUCUGUCCCCUGGCUGAGACAGAUGGACUCCUAAGGAGCACACAAGAGGAGGGGAGGGGCCUGGGUUCCAGAACUCACCCCAUGGUACCUUACUAGUUGGUGGAACAAGCCAGACAUCUUUCUCAGCGUCAGUUUAAAUCUGUAAAACAAAAGAUUUUUCACUCGCUGACCUUGAAGUUGAAUCUUCCCAAGCAGCCAGUCUGGUUGUCCACAUUUAUAAAGAGGAACACAGCACUGGUGAUUGAUUAUAAGAGAGAACUUAAACUCCACAAAUGCAGGAGGUCAGUAUGUUGUUCACCACUGUAUUUCUACUGUGGUCUUUGUUGAAUGAAUAAAUGAAUCAAUGGAUAAUGUAAGGGGCUGGGGGAAAGUAAUCCAGAUCUAAGGUAGCUCAGUAUUGUUUUCUUUAUAGACAUGAAUGUGAUAUCAAUCAUAGACAUUUGGGAAUAUAAAACAAUAACCUGUGAAAGAACUUUCUGGCAGCGUGACAUGUUUCAAAUACCAACCUGGAGUUGUCACACAGGUCACAUGAUAGUUCUCCUAGUAGUAUGCUGAGAGACCUCCUGGGGAAUGUCACUUUCCUUUACAAGGUUUUACUUUUAUAUUUUCUAGCUGUCUUGCCAGAUUUUCUUACUGAACACUGUCAAGCAAUUCUACCAAGUGGGACAGCCAAGUUAGUGCAUGCUACUGCUUGAUUAGGGACAAAGGGCUAGUUGGGAGAUCCACGAGGCCCAGAUCAAAGCUGAGGAAAGGAGCAAAAGGCCUUUGCUGGUAGAACUGGAAGUGAAGCACUCCCAACACCCUGGAGGGCAGCAUGUACCCUGUAAGGAGGGAAGGUGAACCUCUCUCCUCAGUAGGUGUUAGUGGGACCAGAAGAUGUGUAGGGAUGAGGCCAGGGAUUUGAGAUCUGCCCUUGCUGUUGUCUCAGUUUGGAGUAUGGGAGCCAUUCUGCUCUCACUGAUCGACCCUUAGAGCCUCCUCCCAUUUUACCCACUUGGAGCUACUCUUUCCCUGUGCUCUGCUCUACAAGAGAUGAGAUGAAGUCUUCUAGCAUUUGACCCAUUCUGCUCCAGAGGGUUGCCUGGCACCCAGAUCCAGGACCAGCCUAGGGGAAGGAGAUGACUGGGAGGCUCCUUGGGCUGCAGAGGGUCUGUCAGGAGUUAGUUCUUCCCUUCCCGAGCCCUAUUCCAUCAGCAAGUCCCUGCUGUACUGCUUCCUUCUGAGAAGAGAAUCAGAAGCACCACAAGUAGCAAGGUCUUAGCCACUGAGUAAAUGUAUCAGUGGAAGACUUAUGGGCAUGAUUUCCUAAUACUUGGCAGAUGAACCUCAGCCAGGCCAGGAUAACUACAUAGGCCAUCAGGGAAGUGAGGCCCACAGGAGGA